AUGGCUUCCAACCGGUCCCGCCGUAUUGCGAAGGAAAUCGCGGACAUCCAUUCGGACACACAUUCGCAGGUGACGGCGGAUCCUGUUGGCGAUGACGACGAUAUCACCCAUCUCCGGGGCUCGUUCAGGGGCCCGCCGGGGACACCCUACGAGGGCGGCACCUACUGGAUCGAUGUCCGGAUCCCGAACGAAUAUCCAUUCCGGCCUCCUAUCAUGAAGUUUGAGACCAAAGUCUGGCAUCCAAAUGUCAGCAGUCAAACGGGCGCUAUCUGCCUGGACACACUUUCCACUGCAUGGUCGCCCGUCCUCACCAUCAAGUCUGCUCUGCUCUCUCUGCAGUCACUACUCAGCACUCCAGAGCCGAAGGACCCACAGGACGCAGAGGUGGCCAACAUGCUGCUCCGCAAACCCAAGGAGUUUGAAAGAAGGGCCCGUGAAUGGGCGGUCACCUAUGCUGGCGCUCCCAAGAGGCAUAUUGGGGAAGGCAGCGGCGGCGCAACAGACGAGUCUCUCCGCCUGCAAGAGAUUAAGGACAAGGAGGAUCGGGAGCAAGAAGACCUGGCCAAGUAUGAGGGAUACAACAAGGACCUGAUCGACCGCUUUUGCAACAUGGGCUUCGACGUGGACCGCGUUGUCGCCGCCUUCAAGUACGUCGGCAUCGACCGGAUGAAUGGGGAGGACUACGAGCUAGAAGAGGCAUAUAUGGGGGAUAUCACCGCACGGCUGCUCGGGGAGCCAUGA